AUGAUUGCUGGUAUCGCCCAUGUUAAUAUCACUGUGCCGGAAGGCACCCUGGACCUGGCAAAUGAAUUCUACGCCAGCAUUUUGGGGCUGACACCACGUCCAGUGCCUGCUCUGCAGAAGGGCAGUUUAGCUUGGUUCGAUAUCGGCUCUUCCGGCCAGCAAAUCCACGUUGCGUUCGGAAGUAACGUUGACCUCGAGUCCACAAGGCACCCAUGCUUCAAGCUCCAGGAUAAGGAAGCUCUGGCGGCACUGCAACUGAAGAUUUGGGAACACUUUGAGGCUGGAGGCAGUGCGGCCCCAAUGGCAGCGGACAAACCUGGGCAACUUGAUUCUGGUGCACAAGGCGUGGAAUACCCAGAUCGCUUCUUUGCUCGUGACUAUGCGGGCAAUAGAUUGGAGUUUAGUCUAUAG